AUGUCAGCAGAGGCAGGAAGCUCUUCAGACCAGUCGGUCACGCAAAAGACCCCCAAGACGGUGCGGGCAGUCUUCCAUGAUGCCGUUGGAAAGGUGUCGGUGCGCCACGUGCCCUUUCCCGAGCUCAAGGAGCCAGAGGACGCCAUCGUGCGCAUCACCACGUCGGCGAUAUGCGGUUCCGACCUGCACAACUAUCGCGGGUUCUACGGCCCCGAGAACUACCCCUAUCGCGCCGGCCACGAAGCCAUGGGCGUCGUGCACAAGAUCGGCCCUGCCGUCGACAGCCUCAAGGUGGGCGACCGCGUGGUUAUCGCGUUCCCCGAUGACCACCCCAUCAGGACGGAGAAUACCACCGUCCCCGAUAUCGAUUUUUUCUUUGACCCUGAAUUUGGGCUGCAGACCGAAUAUGCUCGCGUGCCAUUCGCAGACUCCAGCCUCAUCCCAAUCCCCAACAGGCUCCCCGACAAGGAGUGGCUGUUCCUGGGCGACAUCUUCACCACGGGCUGGAUGGUACUGAACGGGGCGGGCUUCGAGGCGGGCGAUUCCGUCGCCGUGUUCGGGGCCGGUCCCGUGGGCCUCAUGGCGGCCUACAGCGCGUGCAUCCGCGGCGCGUCGCGCAUCUACGUCGUGGACCACGUGCAGCAGCGCCUCGACAAGGCGCGCGAGAUCGGGCCCGGGGUCGUGCCCAUCGACUUCACCAAGCCGGGCCAGAGCGCCAGCGAACAGAUCCUGGCGCUGGACGGGGGCGGCGUCAACCGCGCCGUCGACUGCGUGGGCCAGGAGUGCCUGAACCGCGAGCUGGUGGUCCAGCAGGACUACGUGCUGCGCGAGUGCGUCGCCGUCACGGCGGCGGGCGGUGGCGUCGGCGUGGCGGGCGUCCACAUCGUGCUGCCGCCCGCGCCGGGGCGGCCCAAUGUGGGCCAGGUCCAGCCGGAGAUUCUGUUUGGCUUUCCCGAGUUCUGGCUUCGUGGGCUCAAGCUGGGGGCGGUCCUUGCCGACCCCGCCAAGAUGGCGCCGACCUUGUCCAGGCUUGUUGAUGCCGGGCGGGCCAGGCCUGGGUUUAUUGUCGACGAGGGGCCGUUUGACCUCGAUGAAGCCCCUGAGCUGUACCGACGUUUUAAUGAGCAAAAGAUCAUCAAGGUGCUGUUCAAGGGCGCUCCCCGGCCCGAAGAGUGGGAGGAGUGGGAAAAAGACGAGGUGUUGGAAGAUUUCAAGAAGGUCAAUGGUCAUUAA